ACUCAAGGAAGAAGAAUUAUCUCAUCCUCCUCGCUUCCUUCUUGAAAUAUGGACACUUCAUUUUCUAAUUUCUUUCUCUCAGCUUUGUUCAUGCUCAUGUUUUCGGUCAUGAACUCGGUAGGUUUUCCUCCAACACUAGAACCAAUCUGUGGACCAACUCAUCCUAAGGAUGCGAUUCCAGUUUACCCCUUCGACGUCCAUUUGCUGCACUUUUCUUUGAAUCUCGAAUACUUAGAAGCUGAAUAUUUCUUGUAUGGAGCACUGGGUUAUGGUCUUGAUAAAGUCGCUCCGGAAUUAGUAAUGGGUGGACCACCGCCAAUUGGAGCACAGAAAGCUAAUCUUGAUGAACUUGUUAACCGUAUUAUCGAGGAGUUUGGAUAUCAAGAAGUUGGCCAUAUAAGGGCUAUCAAAACGACAGUUGGUGGAUUUCCAAGGCCGUUGAUGAAUCUUAGUGCAUGUAAUUUUGCUACGAUAAUGAAUGAUGCAUUUGGAUAUCCUUUGGAUCCUCCAUUUGAUCCAUAUGCAAACAGCCUGAAUUUCAUGUUGGCUUCAUACGUGAUUCCAUACGUUGGACUUACUGGUUACGUCGGUGCGAAUCCAUUCAUCGAGGGAUGGAAAACAAAAAGGUUGUUAGCAGGUUUAUUAGGUGUAGAAGCAGGGCAGGACGCUGUCAUAAGGACGUAUCUGUACGAGAAGGCAGAUUAUACAGUGUACCCAUACGAGUACACUGUCGCUGAAUUUACAGAACGCAUCUCAGAGUUGAGGAAUGAAUUAGGGAUGUGUGGAAUCAAAGAUGAAGGUAUCUGUGUACCACCAUACUUAGGAGCAGAGAAUCGAACAACCAGCAACGUGUUGUCGGCUGACUACAAUUCCUUAUCUUAUGCUCGAACACCCCGUGAAAUUUUGAGGAUUGUAUAUGGAACUGGGAAUGAACAUGUUCCCGGUGGAUUCUUCCCAAAUGGAGGGAACGGAAAGAUUGCCAGAGAACUUCUACAUUAUUACAAAUCAUAAGAGAUGUAUUGCUUGAUGAACUUUUAUAUCAAUGUCCUAUAUCGAAUAAAGUGGAGGGAAACCAGAUUAUUACUCACGUGGUAACUAUGUGCAAUCCUUUUGCCGUUGUCAGUCGUGUUCUCAGUCAUCCAUAUUAGUAUUCAGCUACUCAGAAUAAUAUAAUUGUACCGUUUUUCUGUUUAAGCACAAGGCUGAAGUUAUUACAAGGUCGGCCUCAUCAUUUUCUAUUUAAAACUUAAUUUGAUAAUCUAUAGGAAUCUCCCAUUUGCCAUGGAGGUUAAUUUGCAUUUAACACGGUGUCAUAUCAAUGGGCUGCCUGUAGUAGUGUUGCGGGUGUAUUUAUCAAAUUAUGAAUAGUCAGUUGUUUAUUAAUGAUUAGCCGUAUUAAUUAGUAGGUGGAAUAGCCGUUAAGUAAGUAUUAGGGUUGCUUUUAACUGACGGUCCGUUGUAAGGGUUAUCGUCAUCUGACGGCCCAUUUGCUUUAGGGUUUUUAGUCACUCACUGUAAAUGUUGCUUGUACGGCAUUUGUAGGAAAAUAAUGAGAAAAUAGAGAAGAAGGCUGCUCUCUGAGUUUGGAGGCAGAUAAUUAUUACUUUCA